AUCUAACGGGUCUUUCUCAGAGUCUUCUGGCUUCCCACUCUUUUUCCCUCUCUAGGGUUUUAAAAGGGUUUUUCAAUUUGAGUUUCAAGAUCUCAAAAACUUGAAAAUCCACACAACACUUUUCAACGUUUCAAAAGAAAACAGAAAAAAACUAGAAAUGGCGUUUUCUUUGUUUUCUACACCACAACAACAACAGCCUCAGCAGCAGUCGCUGUUUCAGUCUCAACCCUCACAGCCUUUUCAGCCGAGCAGUCCUCUUUUUCCACAACAACAACAACAACAACAAACGCCGCAACUGUUUCAACCGCAACAGCCGCAACAGUUUCCGCAGCAACAACCACAACAACAACAGCAGCAACAGCAGCAAUUGUUUCUGUUCACCAACGAUAAGAGUCUCGCCAGUUAUAGUACCAAGUGGGCUGAUCUCCACCCAGAUUCCCAGAAAAUUCUCCUUCGGAUCGAGGAGCGGAUACUGGAGUAUAGAGAUGAGAGUCAGAGGCUUGAUCAAUGUAGUCGCCUUUAUGAUUCUUCAGUCUCCAAUGAAGGGUUCGAGCAAGACGCAAGCCACAUUGUUCAGGAGCUUGGUGGAAUUAGUGCUGCUAUGGAAAGACAGAAGGCACUUCUGCAGGAGCUGAUGGCUGUUGUGAAAGAUAUGUUAAGGAAUACGGAAGUUGCAGUUCGUUCUUUCAUGAUGCUACGGCCAAGGUUUCUUCAUCCGAAUGCGGGAGGUGCUUCAAGUGCCAUUGCACCAUCGCAGGCCACUGGAGCAACAGUACCAUCAGGAUCAAAUAAUCAAGCAGCUGCUACUUCUACAGUGCCAGUUUUUGAUUUUUACAGUGGUCUUCCAAUGAAACCAUCACCCUUUCUGCAGCAAACUGUUGCUAGAUUUGAGAAAUACCUUCUAGUAUGUCGCCAGUGGAUUGAAGAGCUAGAGCAGUUGCUUUUGUUAGAUUCAGAGAAGAACUAUUCCAAUUCUGGAUCCUCAUUAUUGCAGUCUCUUCCAAAAGUCAUGUCAAAUGUGCAUGACUUUUUUGUUCAUGUGGCUGCUAAGGUGGAGAGUAUUCAUCAAUACAUUGAAUCAAUGAGAACAGCUUAUCUUGCUGACCAGCGGCGACGAGGGGAUGGGAAUGAUCCAUUUCUUGAGGCUGACCGGCGGGAAACAGCAAGGCAAGAAGCUGCUGCUAAGAGGGUACAUCCAACUUUGCAUUUGCCUGCAAAUUCACAACCAUCAACACAAGUUGCUGGUUUGCCUGCCAGCACAGGGACUCAUGGUACAUUGUCUGUGCUGCAGACGUCUGCAGCAACUGCAACUGGUUCAUCUGGAAGUGGGUUCUCACUUAGUACACCUUCUGCUCCAUCUACGCCUAUGUUCUCUUCUCAGUUUGCCACACCAUCCAGUUCUGUUCCAGUAUCCUCUCUGUUUGGACCAUCUUCUGCUACACCCCAGCCAUCCUUACUUGGCUCAUCAUCAGCAUCUCUGCUUGGUUCUGCUUCCACCCCCUCUCUGAGUAUUACCCCGGCUUUUGGUACGACCACUCCUGUUGGAGGUUCACUAUUUUCAACACCAUUUGCCUCAGGUGCUGCUACAGGGUCUGGAGCAAGUUUUGGGACUCUAUCAAAAUCGUCGAAGCCAAAAUCUCGAACUGGCAGGCGAUAGUCAUAUUGUGGCUUCAUGUUAUGUAAUCUCAAGGUGAUAUGAACAUGGAGAGCUCUGUAUUUUUGAAGUCAAGAGUCGGUUCCCUUGCUCUCCAUAUUGCAUUGUGGCUUCCUCAGCUAUGGAGUUUAUAUCCAAGGAUUUGGGUUUGAUUUGAAGAAAUAAGAUUUGCAUUUACAUUUACAAAUGCUGCUGGGUGGCAUUGUAGAUUAUGAUCUAGGAUAGGUGUCUUUGGCAGCAAAUUCCUAGGACAAAUUGUAGUCCAAUUUUUUGCUGGAUCUAACGUCUAAUAAACUUGCUAUAGUUGUCUAAUGUGGAAUUUUAUUUUUUCUUGGUCUGAUACAUGUUAAGCAUGUAUUAAUGUAUUAUAUCUCCGUCUCGUGGUAAAUAUGUAAGAUUUCACCAUCUCAAACGAACCCGUAGUGUUCGUUUUUUUUUUUUGGCUAAACAAUUGAACUCAGUUAAAUGAAAUUGUUCUAAUUAUAUGUUUCA